CGUCGCCAUAUCGGUCCGAUUUAAAAAAAGAAAACAACAACAAAAAAAAUUUCUCAUCAGCUGAUCGAUAAUCUCGAUCCUGGCGGAUUUUAACGCGAAAUAAAUGGCAUUUAGUCCAUUACAAUAGCAUUUUAGGAAUCGAAAAAUUUACUUUUUUAUACGUAAAAUGGGCGAUGAAGACGACAAAGUACCUCUAUUAAAACAAACAUUCCACGAUUUCGAUAAUAAUUUCGAUCAAUUAGAGAAUAUAUCUUGUUCUGUUGGAAAUUUCUAUACUCAUUGUGAUGAUAGAAAUCAAAAGGGAUCUAAAACUCUAGUUUCGGUCUUUGUUGUUGUUUUUGAUAUUAGAGCAGGUAAUAUUUUAGAAUGGGCUCUACCAAAUGAUUAUAAUCUUUCUGGAAUUGAAUUCAAAGCAAUGACAAGUGGUUCCCACAAAGUACAGACUGAUUUUGUUUAUUUUAAAUGGAAUCAGCUGUAUGGAUUAGCUUGCUUUGAAAAUAUGUCUGUCAAUAUUGCAGAAGAAAGAGGAGCAAGAAUGAAAUCAGUAGGAAUUCUUUCUAUAAGUUAUGCUUCACUCCAUCAACACAAAUCAUUCCUAAAAAACCAAGUCAGAUUUCUUCUUGAGCAUACUGAUUGCUAUGACAACUUGAUAAAUUAUUAUGAAGAGGAAAAGGGAAUUUUGCUACCAAGUUAUAAUGUCAAUAUUUCUAGACCUUUAGUUUCAGUUAUGGAGACAAGACAUCCAGAAGAAUGCUUUUCAGAAUUUGUAAAAUUUUUUGAAGAUAAAAUAUUUGUUCUUUGGAAAUUUGCUCUUCUGAAAAAAAGGAUAUUAUUUUUUUCUUCUCCUCCAAUUGGAAAUGUGUGUCAUAGAGUUUACAGUACCAACUGUCUUGUUGCACAUUCUAUGCAUAGUAUAGAAAAUCCGAUAUCGCAACCUCUUUUUUAUGUUAAUAUUGCUGAUAUUGAAACUUUACAAGAUGAAAUGUUUUAUAUUGCUUGUACAACAGAAAAAAUUUUUGAAUCCAAGACUCAUUUAUAUGAUCUUUACAUUGAUAACCAUAAUUUAAGAGUUUCAAAUCCAACCUUAAAACAGUUAUUGAAUUCAAAUAAUAGUGAUAAAAUUAAAUACAAUGAAUUAUGCAAAAUAAGAACUCUAUAUAAGGCAUCUGUAAAUGAAAAUUGUGAAAAUAAUGGUCAAGAAGUAUGGUUUACUGGAUAUUUCCUCUCAUUGAAUAAUUUAUUAUUUGAUACAUUAAUGGAAGUAUCAAAAACUUCAACAAAACUUUGGACAAGAAAUCACAUGAAACUUGUUGGUUUGCAUCCUGUAUAUGAUUAUGAAUUUUUGUCAGAAUUAAUCAAGAUUUAUGGAAUUGAUAUUCAUUUAUGUAUAGAAAAUCCUUUUUGUCCCUCAUUAUCAUGUUGUCAUUGAAAUUAAUGCAUUUAAAAAAAUACAUAUAUUUUUUAUCUAAAACAGUUAUAAAAGAAUUGUUAUUCUAUUAAAUAAUAAGAAAAAAUUUUAUUAUACAAACAUAUUCAAACAACAACUAUCCCUCAUGUACUGAGUGAAUUGUAAUAAUGACAGUAUUAUAUUAUUUAUGCAAUAUACAGUAGACGCUCAGUUAGCUGACAUCCAUGAGGAUUGGUAGAUGCCAGAUAAAUGUAGUUUCUGGUCACUCGACAGUUGUUAUUAAAAAUAGGCCUAAUAAAUACUAUAUCCCAUACUAAACCAGACCAUGCCAUAAAUUUUGUAUUGACUUGAUAUUAAUAUUGAAAUACAGUAAUUAAAAGCAAAUUUGGGUUGAGUAAGAAGAAAAAAUUUGAAC